GUUGAAUUUAAAUCUGACCUGGCAAAGCCUCUGGCAAAUUGAUUUUCUCGGAUUUAUUUAUAUGAAGAGAACGACGACGGUAGAAUAAUUAAAUAUGAAAACUGCACCUGAACCGAGAGACAUCCAGGAAUUUCAGUUUAAGCAGUCGUACACUUGCCACGUUCUAGAUGCAUUCGCGUCUGUACCAGCUGCGUGCAGCUUGCUGGCUGCCGACAGGAAAAGGGGACUGUUAUACGCGGCUCAGCACAAUAAAAUAAUUGUUUUGAAGCCAGAAGAGAACAAAGAUCCCAAAUGGAAACUAGAAUUAAACGUACCGGUGGCCGUGUCAAAAUUAAUGCUUAAUUGUGACUGUACUUAUUUGGCUGUGGCACCAUGCGGACCUCUCGUAUUAAUUUACGACGCUCAGGCACUCGCAAGAAGCAGCUUGCAAUUACUGUAUGAAAUCAGGAUAUCUACGUCGGACGCGAACGUGUUCGUGAACGAUCUGAGAUGGAAUCCUACUGUACCAGGAAUGCUGUGUACAGUAGCCAGCGAUUACACGCUUGGUAGUUUCAAGAUAAAAGAGAAGAAAGAGAAAACGAUCGAACUGAAAGCUUUGGAGAAGUUCAACGAUUUGGAUCCUCUGUGCUCGGCAUGGAGUCCCAAAGGAAAGCAAAUCGUCGUGGGAUGUAAGAACGGCAGUUUAGUACAAUUCAAACCUGAUUUAAAAGUAGCAAGGACGAUUCCCGGCCCAAAUCCGUACAUCGGAGAGAUUAUUAGUAUUCUAUGGAUCAGCAACUAUCAAUUUUGCGCUGCUUAUCUAGACAAAGAAAAGGGAGUCAACGUUCUUAUAAUCGACGCUCCCAAAGGUGAAACGACCGGCAGUUUCACUUCGUACGAAGAUAUUACUUACGGCGUGUCGGAAGGAGGAGCUAUUCAAUAUUAUUUCGAUCAUGUGCCAGAAUGGGGCUUAAUCAUUGCCGCUAGUAGUACCAGUAGCGAGGUAGCUGUACUGGGAUCGGCGGACAAGGGCGUUACUUGGCAUCAGUGGCAACUGGUGGACAGCGGCAGAGCAGAAUUGCCGUUGAUCUGUACUACGGAGAGCUAUCCAGUAGGUUUGGCCAUCGACAAGUCUCCCGUUAACAGACUACCCUGGGGCGCUGAUUCUACUUUACCUCACCCGGUCCCUAUUCUUCACAUUCUUGCCACAUCUGGGCAACUGUGUAGCUUUCACAUGGUAAACUUGUUCCCGAAUUGUCCCCCCAUCAAUUGCCCGCCUACCGAGAUUGUAUCACCUCCUUCGCAUGCCCAACCGCUAAACGUUCCUCAGGAAACGUCCAUGAUCAUGAACAGAUUUGUAACCAGCACCCCGUUACCCGGGCAACCGCAGAAUGUUCCCGAGCGAAGGCCCGUGCCGGCAGGAAAUAUUUUUGAUAAAUUUCUUCAAGGGAACGACGGGUUCUUCGCUCAGCCGCCGGCCGAAAAGCCAAAGCAGCAGGAACAGAAACUCGAGAGCCUCGGCAUGGAGAUGAAACUGGAAUCGGCGAGAGAGACCCAACCCCAAGAGACCGUGAAACAGGACUUUAAAUCGACGCCGAUCAAAGACACUGUGCCGCAAGCAAUCGUGGAGGAAGAACCGACUGUGGAAGAUGACGCUAAAUACAAUCGGGCGUACAUAGAGGAGCAUAAUUUAUUUGAGAAGGAACUGGAAGGGAUGCGGAACAGACUGGGACCGCAAACGUGGGAGUGCGGGACGGAAGAGGAAUGUCAAAGGCUCGGAGAUACCUCCACCGUACAUCAGUUUCUGCAAGAAUUGAAAGAGAUAACUAACAGUUUGUCCAGCGACAUCGCGUAUUUAAAGGCGCUUCUGUUGCAGUCGUUCGCCUGGGUCGAGGAGACGAAGUCGAAGAACGCUGCAUCCAAUGACAUUACGAGAAGCUGCGGCGAUAACAACAAAGUAUCCGACUUACAAAAGCUUUAUUAUUACACUCAGACGCAGCUGACUCAAGCUAGCCGAACGCUAGAUUUGAACUGGUCGAAUCAGAAGUCUCAAGAAAUAUUACGGAUGAAAAUUCCUCAUUUAGAGUUCAUCUAUCAGAAUCUUAUAUUGCACAGUAAAAUAAUUCAAGAGGAGCGAAGCAAAUUGGAGCACUUUAAGAAACAGUGGAAAGCCAUCAGCCGUAACAACAGUAUCUUCGGUUUGAAUCGUUCGUUUUCAAAUAUAAGCAUCGCACCGAACAAAUCUUCGACUGUUCUCCCGAGAAACGCUGGGAUCAUAGAAGCACGCUGCAAAACGAUCGCAUUGAAGACUUUGAGCUUUACUGACAAGAAACGGAACAAAUUGAGAGAGCAUUUAUCCGCUUCUACUCCUCAAGUUGUCAAGCCCGUCAAUCCGUCGUCCGUUCACGAUCGUUUGGAGAAGACGUUGACCUCGUUAGAUCUGCGCACUACCACUGUACCCGUCGUUACUAAAAAUAAGGGUCAACCCGUUCCGAAGCAAACUACGAUUGCUAAAGAGCAGCCUACUGAAAAACCGAAGCAGCAAAGCCCAUUGGCUUCCUUGAACAGCAUUGUUGCGAGAAUCGGUGCCAGCGAAACCACCGGCGUCCUGUCGCAGAAUAAACCUCAAACUAAACAACCCAGCUUUAACAUCAGUUUCCCGCCGGUAUCCGGAAAUAAACCUGUACAAUCGGACAACAAACAAUCGAGUGUACAAGCAGCUACCACAACGUCUCAGACCGUAAAACCGAAACAAGACAUUGUUCCAUUUAAUCAAGUCAGCGGUCUAUCGACCAGCUCGGUGAAAUCUUUCCCUAGAGUCGAGAAUGUCACGUUCGGUGCACCGGUGCAAAAGCCUGCGGAAGUUACUACUCCGAAGCCUGUACUAAAAGACUCUACCAUGAAGACCGGAAAGGAAACUCCUUCGAGUACCGAUUUCAAAGUAGAAAACAAUGUGUUCGGUACGAUCAGUUCGUUGAAAGACGCAUUGUCGUCGGAGAACACGUCGGAGAAAGUGCGAACAAGCGCUGGUUUAAACUUUGGAAUGGCUAUACCUCCAACGACGACCAAAAGCGAUGCGAUGUCCACGUUCAGUUUCGCCAGUCCUACUACCAAUGUCGCGCCAGCGAAGAGCAAUCCACAAAGUACAUUCGUCGCGCCUCAGACGACUAGCGCGCAGACAUUUUCCUUCGCUUCGAAGCUUCCGGUCACCGCUACCGCGUUUAACUUAAAAAUGACACCGUCGACGACAUCGGCUCCACAGACGCAGGCGUCUCCGUUAAAUUUAGGGGGAUUGUUAUCCGGACUUCAAACACCCAAUCAAGAAUCUCCUGUGUCCAGCGGUAGCGGUCUCAGCCCUAACUACAAACCAACGUUCGGACAACCCGGUUUUCAAAUGUUGUUAGGACAAACGACGAGUAUCAACCAAAUUUCCAUCUCAAAAGUAAGCGAACCUCCUCCCAAGGAGACGAUGACGACUACUCCUUCGAUCACCAUCGAGAAAGUAGCAGUCACCAAACCAAAGACUGCUAGCAUUCCGACGAGCCCUGUGCAAACCUCGGCCACGUCUAUUCCUCCCGUUCCUCUAUUCGGCGGUCAAACGAAUGCGUCGAACAUUUCUGUAUUCGGAGGAAUGUCGAGUUCUCUUCCGACCACGUCGACGUUUACCGUUACUACCACUACGCCUGCCGUUCAACCGACGACCACUUCGUCCGUGUCCCUGUUCAGCAGCUUCGGUACCACGUCAGUGUCGAGUCCAAACGCGAAUACUUCGCUGACCACGGGUCCCGGCACGGUGUCACCUUUCCAAGCUUCGUUAUCGAAGCCAACCUUCGGCGAAGCUGUGAGCGCAUCUGCGGCAAGCUCCGUGAACACCACCACCGCCACGGCUUCGUCCACCCUUACCUUCGGCAGUAUCGCGGCAGCCUCGGUUUCCCCAGUGUUCGGGAAGCCGGCUUCUCCUAUGAACACUCAGUUCCAAAACGCAACGACAGUAUCCACGACAGCUAACGCGUUUGGCAAAGUCACCAGUCCUACCCCUACGUUCAAGCCUUUCGGAAGUCCAUCGCAGACCGGUUCUAUAUUCGGUCAGAUGCCACCGACUUCGAGUACCGGCGCGAUCUUCAGCGGAAACAAUAAUACCAGCUCGAUCUUCGGCGGAAAUGCUCAGCCGACUGCUGCGAAUUCCAUCUUCGGAGGAAAUGUUAAUACGAUGAGCACGUUCGGAUCGCCGCAAAAGUCUAUGUUUGACAGCAACGCGCAGAAAUCCGAUUCGAUAUUCGGCUCGCCGUCGAACGCCGGAGGUACGUCUUUCUUCGGCGGUGCGGCGAAUAACGUGGCCUCGGGAUUGUCUCCGACCGGGUCUUCGUCCGUGUUUGGCGGUGCUGCGAUCAACGCCUCGCCGAUCGGCGUUGAGCAGCCCGCGAUGGGGCAACAAACGGGGUUCGGGCAAGCGUCUGGAUUCGGUGAAAAGCCGAUAUUCGGAUCGGCGCCGACGUUCGGCGCUCAGAAGCCGGUAUUCGGUGGAGGUUUCGGAGCAACCGCGUUCGCAGCGAGCCCUGCGCCUCCAGCAUUCGGAAAUCCACCAACGCUGGGAGGAACGCCGGCACCGAUCGACAACAACAUGUCGAAAGUCUUCGGGAGUGUGCCUGGUAGUAAUACGUUCGAAUCUUUAGCGAGUCAACCUGACGGGCUCAGCUUCAGUAGUCUGGCACAAAAGACUGCAGAAACGCAAAAGUCUCCAGUAUUCAACAGUAGCAGCUCUUUCUCCGCCUGGCGGUAAUCGACGGACAUCUGUAGAUACACUGAAACCGCGUUAUUUUUAUACGAAAAUAGAAAAUAGAAGGGAAGAUUAUCUGUCUGUGUCCUUGUCAAUCCGUUUAGACCGUGUAUUCGUAGUUACUUUUUAUGAAGUAGAUCGAACGUCAUCGAUUAUAAUUGUAUCAUACAUGGACAGAGCGAUUUAGCAACGGUUUGACUUUACUCUACAAUAAAAGAAAUCUUUACAAAA